AUGAAGAGAAAAGAUGGUAAUAAUAGUAACAGAAGCCUGGAAACCUUGCUAGAUUUGGACAAAUCUGAUCAGCUGAGCAAAAACAAUGUGGCUAAUAAGCAGCAGCCAUCGCCCCGGAAGCUGAUUCCAGGCAAAGGACUAGAGUACGAAAGCCUGUCUUAUAGCGUCACGAAGAUGCAGAAGAAAGACGGGGUGAAAAUCAACAAAGAAGUUUACCUUCUCAACGAUAUCUCGGGGCAGGCCAUCCGAGGUGAAGUUUUGGCCAUCCUCGGGCCUAGUGGCGCGGGGAAGUCCACUUUUCUUGAUGCUUUGGCUGGCCGGAUUGCUCGUGGAAGCCUCGAAGGAUCUGUUAGGAUUGAUGGAAAACCAGUUACAACGAGCUAUAUGAAGAUGAUUUCUUCAUACGUGAUGCAAGAAGACCAGCUAUUCCCCAUGUUAACCGUCUUCGAGACCCUCUUGUUCGCAGCAGAACUUAGGCUUCCACCCUCGGUUUCUAGACCCGAGAAGAAGAAAAGAGUCGACGAGCUCCUUGAUCAACUAGCCUUGACGAGUGCUGCACAUACUUACAUUGGAAACGAAGGGAAGAGAGGAGUAUCAGGCGGAGAGCGACGAAGGGUGUCUAUUGGCAUUGACAUUAUCCAUAAACCAUCCGUCUUGUUCCUCGACGAACCUACCUCAGGUCUUGAUUCCACAAGUGCUUAUAGCGUCGCAGAAAAGGUUAAAGACAUAGCGAAAAGUGGCAGCAUAGUAGUCAUGACAAUUCACCAGCCUUCCUUCAGGAUCCAAAUGCUCCUCGAUCGCAUCAUAGUUCUCGCUAGGGGAAGACUUGUAUAUUCAGGAACUCCAACUGAUCUAGCCAGUUACCUCUCUGUAUUUGGAAGGCCAGUUCCAGAUGGGGAAAACAGCUUAGAAUACCUCCUGGAUGUGAUCAAAGAGUACGACGAAUCAACGGUGGGGCUUGAUCCUCUUGUCUUGUAUCAACGCGAUGGCACCAAACCUGAUCAGGUAGCCAUGACCCCAAUUCCAAAAACACCAAAAGCUGCACAUACUCCUCCAGUAAAAUCAUCACCUUGGGCCAAGCCUUUAGGCCUUAUUAGCAAUCAGUUUUCGGGUUCAAAUUCAACAGAUUCUAAGCAAUUGUCAUACAAUGAUGAGGAUGAGGAUGAAUUCGAUAAUUCCUUGGAGAGGAGGACUGCUCAUAUGCCAAACAGCAUACACGGGGGAGUUUACAAUCCACGCCUAGCUUCUGAUUUCUACAAAGACUUCUCACUUUGGCUCUAUAAUGGUGUCAAGGGGACGCCUCAUCGUCCACCAACAUGGACCCCAGCGCGAACUCCUGGAAUGGCUUCUGGUAAAACAUCCACUUCUGGUGCUAGGAGUAGUUUGAAUUCGAGUGAAAAUAUGGCGUCUCAACCGACCACUGCUCUUCCAAUAACUCCUCUAGUUUUUAGCUCUGAACCACAAUCCUAUGCUCCUUCUUCUUAUGAAGAAUUCGAGACUGAAGAAGUGCUCGAUGAGCCAGAAAACCGGCCCAAGUUUGCAAACAAGUGGCUCCGGGAGGUUGCAGUUCUCUGUUGGCGAACAGGACUAAAUGUUAUCCGAACUCCCGAGCUCUUCCUGUCCCGACAGAUAGUCUUGACAGUGAUGGCUCUGGUGCUAUCUUCACUCUUCAAGAAGCUAGAAGAUUACGACUUGAAAACAGUUAACCGCCUUCUCAACUUCUACAUCUUUGCCAUCUGCUUAGCCUUCUUCUCUUCCAACGAUGCAGUCCCGACUUUCAUCCAAGAACGAUUCAUCUUCAUCCGGGAGACUUCACACAACGCUUAUCGAGCUUCUUCCUAUGUCAUUUCUUCCCUCGUCGUAUACCUCCCUUUCUUCGCCAUCCAGGGACUAACAUUCUCUGCCAUCACAACAAUCUUUCUCAAACUGCACUGCAGCCUCACAAACUUCUGCCUCAUUAUUUUUUCCUCACUCAUCACUACAAAUGCUUAUGUGAUGCUAAUCAGUGCCUUGGUUCCCAGUAACAUCACAGGCUAUGCUGUUGUGAUUGCCACAACAGCUCUUUUCUUCCUAACCUGUGGCUUCUUCUUGAAGAGCUCUCAGAUUCCCAUUAUCUGGAGAUGGCUGCAUUACAUCUCAGCCAUCAAAUACCCGUUCGAGGCCUUGCUGAUAAACGAAUUCGAAGAUGCUAAGCAUUGCUAUACUGGGAAUGUUUCGGAUUUAUCACCUGGCCCCCUGGGAGAAGUGAAGCAUAGUUCUGAUCAGCCAAUUUGUGGAUUGGCUGGUUUGGCUGGUGAUGAUGUUCUGGUGUCCAUGAAUAUUAAGGGCGGUAUCUGGGGAGAUAUCGCGAUCCUGCUGGCUUGGGGAGUUCUUUAUCGUCUCCUUUUCUAUGUGGUUCUCAGAUUCUACUGCAAGAAUGAAAGGAAGUGA